CAGAGAGUCAAGACAGACUCAAGUGUUCAGACUAAAAUCUCUCUCUUUUCGUAGUGAUUAGUCUUAUGCAACCUCUGCUGGAACCAGGUGAGAGGAUGGAGGAGGCAUCACGAGAGCCUUCUGUUUCAUUACGGAGCAAGAUAUCCACCUAUAUGACCAUGGCUUGGGAAGCAUACAAAAAGAAGCCAAUCUCACAUUGGGUUCUUCUAUUUCUGAGUUGUGCAGCAAUGCUUGUGGCCUUCCCUGCUUCUAGCCUUCUUUCUCGUCUCUAUUAUUCGAAUGGUGGCACGAGCAAGUGGAUCAUUUCAUGGGUGGCAGUUGCAGGGUGGCCUCUAACUGCUUUGAUCUUAUUUCCUACAUACUUCUUUUGUAAAACCUUUCCUAGUCCUCUGAACUUAAAACUCACUCUUUCCUACAUUGUGCUGGGUUUCUUAAGUGCUGCUGACAAUCUCAUGUAUGCAUAUGCAUAUGCUUACCUGCCAGCUUCUACUGCUGCUCUUCUGGCAUCAUCAUCCCUUGUGUUUUCUGCACUAUUUGGGUAUCUUCUUGUGAAGAACAAACUGAAUGCCUCGAUGAUAAAUGCCAUUGUCAUCAUUACUGCCGCGAUGACCAUCAUUGCUUUGGAUUCAGAUUCAGAUACAUAUGGAGAUAUCACUAAUAGCCAAUACAUCAUUGGCUUUAUCUGGGAUAUUUUGGGAUCUGCUCUCCAUGGGCUCAUUUUUGCUCUUUCAGAGCUAGUUUUUGUGAAGUUGUUGGGUAGAAGGUCCUUCCAUGUUGUGUUGGAGCAACAACUCAUGGUUUCUCUGUUUGCCUUCAUAUUUACCACAAUUGGGGUUGUUGUGAGUAAAGAUUUUCAAGGGAUGAAAUCCGAGGCUAAAAGUUUCGAGGGCGGCACAACUUCUUAUCUCCUUGUUCUCAUCUGGGGUGCGAUCACUUUUCAGCUGGGGGUACUGGGAGCUACUGCUGUGCUUUUCUUGUCAUCCACUGUGCUUGCUGGUGUGCUCAAUGCAAUCAGGGUACCCAUCACAAGCAUUGCAGCUGUUAUAUUGUUACAUGACCCCAUGAGCGGCUUCAAAAUUCUCUCUCUGGUGAUUACCUUUUGGGGAUUUGGCUCAUAUAUAUAUGGCAGCACGUCCUUUGGUAAAGAUUCCUCAUAACACUUAAGUUUACGGUGAAUUCAUUUUCUUCUUGGUUGAAUAAACAUUGUGGUUAAUUUAUUAUGAUAUUGUUAGACUGUAUUGGUGAUUGACUCUUAGAAAUGUACCACUACUUCUGUAAUAUAAUUAGUUUUCUGCAGAAUCUUAUAACUACAACAAUUUCAUGUGAUCAUGGCUGUCUUACAAGAAUGCCAUUGGCUUCAACUGUAUAUGAGAAAGCAAGUUUGUAUCGGAGUGAAUGAUGUUGAGAAACUUGAGAAUUGCAUG